GUACCGCAGUACGGGAUAGUGAGCUGCGAGCUGGCCUCCUCUCUAACGUCGCGAAAAAGCUGCUAUCCGCUCGAACAACACGAACGUUGGUCGUUGCGCGCUUUCCGCCAUUCCACCCUUCACGAGAAGACGAGCCGUUCACGAGAGUUAGUUCGGUGUCCUCGUUUGGUGUAUCCGUGCCUGGUGCGUUUCGCGACGUGUUCGGUCACGGCAGUUGUCGCUUGUUGAAUCCGCUGGCGUGACCGUUCUCGAGGUGCACUCUCGACACGUCUCUUCAGGGUUUCUCAAUCCGAGCAAUUUUCUCGUGGCAGCUAUGAAACGCGACUCGUUCGUUCGUCGAAUGUCAAGGACGAUGCGGCAUUUUGUUGUUCCACUUCGACGCGACACCCGUUAGAUCUCAUGUCGCUGACGGGAAUUUGUUGGAAGGAGGCCCAGCGGUUGGGAGGUAUCGCGAGUGUGUGAGGGUUGCGACACGUCAAAGAGAGAACGAGAGAGCGGAAUACACGGACGAUAAUUCCGUUUCUAAAUUGCGUCGAUUGUCUUGGUAUCGAAAUAUCACCGGGGGCAUUGACAAUGCAGGCGCCUGUACUCGAGUGCGGUGAAUCGGAGGACGACGAAGUGGAUAACGAUCCUCCGUCGUCGACUGCUUCUAUAAGCGGAACGUUAUCCUCGUGAGACGCUGCCACCUGCGCCGAGUGUACCGCUUGUUUUUAUCUAAACGAGAAUCUCGACUCUGCGUGUCUUUAUCGUCGAGGGAUUUCGCAGGAUAUUCUCGCUACGUCCGGAAUCAGAAUGUCGUUCUCACACUCGCGAUAAAAAUUCGUCUGUUGCACGAAGAGAGGGAGGGAUAUUUUCGGCGCGCAACGAGUGCUGAUGCUCGAGGAUGCUUGAGUGAUCGCGCAUUCUUAUCGCCGGGAGGAGGCAAAAUCUCGCAAAGGACUGAUGGUUUUAUUAAUCGUCUAACGGGAUCUCUCAACAAGACAGGACGAAUCACGGGUUCCGCAUUUCGUAUUCCGAAAAGUUUGUUGCCUAACUGAACACUCGAGUGGCUAAACCAACUGUUGUUGGAUGAAAUUCGACAUGCAUUCCGAGAUUGUGAGGUUUCCUUGAAACUCGGCGCGAUGCGCGAGCGGAAUUCGCAGAUGCAAUGUGGGACGAGCUGAUGUAAUAUUCGCGUACCUACCGUCAUUGCGAAAUGUCAAAGUUCGAUCUGGCGGAUCUCGCGGAAUUCGCGAGAAGGAAGAAGUGCAUUUUCAUCGCCGUCAGGAUCCGCCGACCGUGACCUUGGACCAACAUGUGACAUCACUCGGUCACACGGAAACGUGUCGUGCAAACGAAGUGUCACGAAACGCUUUUGUAGUCGCUGUUGUGGCGGCGAUGGCCGCGAUCAAUCGAAGCGUGCAUAAUACACAAGACCUUAUUUUCUCAAGAACCCUUGGCAAGAUCUCGUUCUUUUGUGCGAAACGCGUGCGUGUUUCGAACGAGGCGACGUGAGAAAAAUCGAAGAAUCGCCUGGAAGAUUGCACAAGUGUUCUCGCCCCAAGCUACCUCGCAUCGCUCUUGUUCCCCGUGUGGUUACCUUCUCGUUAGUGAUCCUCGUGCAAAUUGUUGAUGACAUAUAUUACGCGUGUAAGUGGAUAACAUAUGAGACAUGCGAAACGUGUAGACGAACGUUGAUUAAAGCACCAGAGAGCUUUAUAAGGAAAAUCUUUAUUGAUCGAGAGUCGCGAAGCGUAAGACUCGGCGAUUAUUGCAAAACGCUCGCGCAACAUGUCCGCGAGUGAACGUCACGAAAUGCUCUCCGCGAGCCGAAGUGCAAAUCAAUACAAAAUGAUUCCGAGAGGAUUGUCGAAUACGCUUUCCCUUCGUAGUUGCGCAAGCUGCGUUAAUGGUUGACGCGCUCCCCGCUGUUGUUUACGAUCGAUUGUUACUGUUAUUAGCGGUUAUUAUGGCGAGUGUGUGUCACCUGACGUUGAAAGCGAUCGCACAAAACCGAGCUCAUAAGACUCUCCGUUUGAAGCUUGACGAUGCUCGGACAAAAGACGGUAUUUCCCGUUAAUUCGUAUACGUUAAUUCGUUCAUUGUUAUCGGUGUAGAUCACGCUUUUGGAUGCAUUUUCGAUGAUUAGAGGCGACCUACGCGGAAGAUUCUGCUGAAAGUCACUUUAGGUAGCUCAAGCAAAAGAGAUACAAAUAGCUCACGUUUGUUACAUUGAGUCGUUAGCUCUAAUACUUGUUGAUACUCGUUGGAACUUUUUGAGAAAGUGCUUUUAAGAAGAAGUCGUCGGGUGAAUUAGCGUCACGAGAAAUUCACGUGACCGUAUCACGAGUUUCUGCGAAUAUUUGUGGUGCUAUAUACGAGUGUGUACAUGCGCGGGGAAAUCACGCACAUCAACCGCAGGCGUAUCUCGGAAUACUUCCUGGUCUGUUUGGAAAAGGACGUGGAGGUGCUUUAGAACCGAGAGAAACUGCCUCGUAAAAGUCCACCGUGUCUGCAAACAUCGUCUUCCAUCGUAUCGUUCUCGAAGAGGAAGAGAGAAACGGCGAAAACCACUUAGGCUCGAAGGACCACUCGCGUAUUCCUCCCGUCGUGAAUUUACCCGCUAGAUCUCGAGACAAAGCCGGAAUUAUUCAGAUCGCCUGAGAACUCCUUCCGCGCGCGCAAGUGGAACGAAAUUACCUUCGCGGAUCCUUUACCAAAUCACUUUUGCCCGGCUACGACGGCCAAGACGUUUCUCGCCGCUUUCCCGAUAACAGCAGCGAAACUUUCUGGUUUGAUUGUAAUCAGCUUUCGAGGAUAGCGAGACGAGUUCAAGUGAUUGCGUGCGUUUAUUCCGUAAUGCCAUCAUCUCCCGUGGUGUGCAUCGAUUUGACGUUCUCGAUUGCUGUUUGGUACCUUUCUAAGAAGUAAAGUGAGAAGAUUCGUUGAUCAGUAACAGCGCGCAAUUCGAACCCUUUAACUUCUUCACGUUUGACCUUAGCGAACGAGGGACAUACACGGUGAAAUUAAUUCUGCUCAAUCGACGCGUUUACCCAGGAGACCGGUGCAAUAUUUGGGACAUUACUGGGUUACAAGCCUCCAAAUAAGUUGCAGCUGCACGGAAGAGAGCAAACGUCGAACUGUCGAACCUGGAUAGGUGAAUAAUACCGCAGGAGGUUCUUGGUGAACAAGUCAAUCGCUCAUCGUUGACGCGGCAACAGGUAUCAAUUGUCCUCCCGCGAAAUGUUCGCCACGGACUCGUCGACUCUUCGUCGCCGCGGUCGCCGGGCGAUCACGCGUUUCUCCGGACUCGUACGACGCGCUUGCCGACGUUCGCUCGAUCGCGACCGUCUCGCUGAUUGAUCGGAGGAGUUUCGCGGCGAUGUGGUCGAGGAAGGGACGUGGCCGGACGUCGCCGCGGCCGGCAGGUCCUGCGACCUCUUCAAGGUGAAGCUGCCGACGGCGGGGAAAAAGAGGGAGAACAAGUCGGCGUGCCGUCAGCUCCUCGCCCUGUUUCAUCACCGCAAGCCUCGGGACCCUCUCCGUGGCUCCAGCACUGCCUCGUCGGUGCCCCUGCUCGAUAUGGGCGCCAGAGCAUGGGACUACGAGGCUUUGCCGGAACUCCACACUUCGACGGCGGUCACGCCGACCUCGACACCACCGAACGCGUCGCAGCAGAAGGCGCCCAGAGUGUACUUCCAAGCGGAGAAUCUGGCGUCCACCAGACGGAGGAGCAGCAGCAAACUGCUGGCGCCGCAGCAGUCCUGCAGGAGACGCAGCCGGAGCAUGAGCGCCUGGAGCGACCUGUCCAGGUCGUCUUUCAGAUUGGACGAGAGAGUUCGCGUUGAGUACUAUGUGAACGAGAACACAUUCAAGGAACGGCUACAGCUGUACUUCAUCAAGAAUCAACGCUCGAGCUUGAGGAUACGACUCGCCAAUCUCUUCUUCAAGCUGCUGACAUGCUUCCUGUACAUAUUCAGGGUCGUUACCGACAACGAUCCAACAUUCGCGGCAUGUUACGGUUGCACGCCCGGCAACAAGACCGAGUUCCUCGCGUCGCAGAACUUGACGGAGGAGGAGUUCCAGGAGCACCCGACCAUCAACUGGGAAGCCAUUCUUUGGGUCAGGAGACCUCUGGAACUGUGGGUGGUCCAAGUGAUCUUGGCGAUGGUGUCACUAACCGAAGCCCUGCUGCUCGCGUAUCUCGGUUACAAGGGAAACGUCUGGCAGCAGCUUCUGUCCUUCCACUUCAUCCUGGAACUUGUCAACACGAUCCCGUUCACAAUCACGUUAUUAUAUCCACCGAUGAGAAACCUGUUCAUCCCGGUGUUCCUGAACUGCUGGUUGGCGAAGCACUCUCUGGAGAAUAUGUUCAACGACCUGCAUAGGGCGAUGCAGAAGUCCCAGUCGGCGCUGAGUCAGCAGCUGAUGAUCCUUAGCGCUACGUUACUGUGCCUUGUCUUUACUAGCGUAUGCGGGAUCCAGCACUUCCAGAGAGCCGGGCACAGACACCUGAACCUGUUCCAAAGCACGUACUACGUCGUGGUGACGUUCUCCACCGUGGGCUACGGGGACAUCGUGCCGGACAUUUGGCCAUCGCAGCUCUACAUGGUCAUCAUGAUCUGCGUGGCGCUCAUAGUAUUACCAACGCAGUUCGAACAAUUAGCUUUCACGUGGAUGGAACGGCAGAAGCUGGGCGGCUCGUACUCGUCGCACAGGGCGCAGAGCGAGAAACACGUGGUGGUUUGCAGCACGACGUUGCAAGCCGACACCAUCAUGGACUUUCUAAAUGAGUUUUACGCCCACCCCUUGCUGCAGGAUUAUUACGUGGUGCUGCUGUCGCCGAUGGAGCUCGACACAACGAUGCGGAUGAUCCUGCAAGUGCCGAUCUGGGCGCAAAGGGUGAUAUACAUACAGGGCUCGUGCCUGAAGGACGGCGAUCUCGCGAGGGCCCGGAUGAACGAGGCGGAGGCCUGCUUCGUGUUGGCGGCGAGGAAUUACGCCGACAAGACCGCCGCCGACGAGCACACGAUACUCAGAUCCUGGGCGGUGAAAGAUUUCGCGCCCAACGUUCCUCAGUACGUUCAAAUCUUCCGUCCGGAGAACAAGCUCCACGUGAAGUUCGCGGAGCACGUGGUGUGUGAGGACGAGUUUAAGUACGCCCUUUUGGCGAACAACUGCACGUGUCCCGGCGCAUCCACGUUGGUCACACUGUUGCUGCACACAUCCAGAGGGCAAGAAGGUCAACAGUCGCAGGAAGAGUGGCACCGGCUGUACGGUAAAUGUUCCGGCAACGAGAUCUAUCACAUCAUUCUCGGCGACUCCCGCUUUUUCGGGGAGUACGAGGGCAAGUCCUUCACCUACGCGUCCUUCCACAGUCACCGGAAAUACGGGGUCGCGCUAGUCGCGGUCAGACCGGCGGAGCUUCCGGAAUUUUACGAGGACACCAUUCUGUUGAAUCCUGGGCCGCGGCACAUCAUGAAGAAGACCGACACCUGCUACUACAUGAGCAUCACCAAGGAGGAGAACUCCGCGUUCGUGGUGGCGAACAAUCAGAGCGGCGUCGCCGGCGAGGGGAUGCAGGUGGUCGUCGAGACCAAGUCGGACGCGACGUGCACGAGCGGCGGCCCGACGACGUGCGCCACAACAACCAGCACUACCACGGCGACCAUGAACUCCACGGGGGCGACGUCGACGGUGACCACGACGACGACCAUUACCACCACCACCACUACGCUAUCGACCAGCUGCACCGUCGGCGGCGGCGGCGGCGGCGGUGGCGGCGACGGGAACGGUACAGCAAUCAGCAACGGUGCCGACGCGCACCGGCAAUUUUCCAACAGUUGUAACGUUGCGCUGAGCGAAACACUCCGCAGGCAGGAGACCUGCACGGGGCCCCGUGCGCAGGACCGCUCGCAAAACGGUCCCCAGGGUCACAGGGCCCCGUUGCCGCCGCAGGUUAUUUUGCAGGUCCUCCCUAGCACGCCCACACCAAUCCAACACUACAACUUACUCGCAUCCGAUGUCCACCCGACUUAUCUCGACCCCGGAGGGUUCGGGGACUCGAGGCAGUGCCUGAAAGAGGGAGGAUCGACGCCACAAACGCCAAUCACCGGAAAUCACCUCGAUGUGCCACGGUCUCUCGACCCGAAUCCCAAUCUGCUUAGCCCGGAAAUUCUCACUCAAAGGAGAGGGAGCAGAAGACCGAGUAUUUUACCGGUCCCGGACAUGUUAACCAGCUCGACCUUGCACCUGCCCGGUCAAGAGUCCUUGGACCACGAAGGCGACGAGUCGGAAGACGAAAUGGACGACGACGUUCCUUGGCGAUCGCCGAGCGAGAAGAUCGCCUUCAAAGGGAUCGUCAAGGGAUUCCCGCCGGUCUCGCCCUUCAUCGGAGUCUCGCCGACCCUGUGCUACCUCCUCAAGGAAAAAAAGCCGCUCUGUUGCCUUCAGCUGGCUCAGGUGUGCCAGCAUUGCACUUAUAGGAACGCCAAGGAGUACAAUUGGCAGAACAAGACCAUCAUACUGGCGGCAGAUUACGCCAGUAACGGGAUUUACAACUUUAUAAUACCGUUGAGGGCGCAUUUUAGGUCGAAAACGUCGCUGAAUCCGAUCAUCCUCUUGCUGGAGAGGAAGCCGGAAAUCGCGUUUCUCGACGCGGUGUCCUACUUUCCGCUGGUCUACUGGAUGCGCGGCUCCAUCGACUGCCUGGACGACCUACUGCGAGCCGGCAUCACUUUAGCCGAGAACGUCGUGGUCGUAAACAAGGAGCUCAACAAUUCCGCCGAGGAGGACACGCUGGCUGAUUGCAACACAAUCGUCGCGGUGCAGACUAUGUUCAAAUUCUUCCCGAGCAUAAAGAGCAUAACGGAGCUGUCCCAGUCGAGCAACAUGCGCUUCAUGCAGUUCCGGGCGCACGACAAGUAUGCACUGCAUCUCAGCAAAAUGGAAAAGGUACUCCUCAGUGCUACUACCGAUGACAACUACUCCGAUGAGCCUCCGAUGGGCUCCCCGAGGGAAAAGGAACGGGGAUCCCACAUAUCCUACAUGUUUCGAUUGCCGUUCGCCGCCGGCAGCGUUUUCAGCGCCUCGAUGCUGGAUACUCUGCUCUAUCAAGCCUUCGUCAAGGACUACGUGAUAACGUUCGUCAGACUGCUGCUAGGAGUGGAUCAAGCACCAGGAUCUGGAUUUCUCACAUCGAUGCGUAUAACGAAGGACGACAUGUGGAUAAGGACGUACGGCAGGCUGUACCAGAAGCUCUGCUCGACCACCUGCGAGAUUCCGAUCGGAAUAUACAGGACGCAGGACACCACUGUGGCUGACUCCUCGCAUCAGGGCGACUCAGACGCGGAAAGCGACGCCGGCGUCGGUGUGACGUACAAGGUGCGUCAUUCGGCGGCAGCAUCGUGUCUUGCGAAUUGCGCCACCCGCGACAAGGGUGCAUCUGCUUACUCGGUGAGCCUCGGCGACGAGGCACGCGACAACCACGCGCAGCAGAUCGAGCGGGCGGAGAUCGCGAAUCUGGUGCGCACGCGGAUGGAGUCGCUGAAUCUGCCAGUCGCCGACUACGACGAUGUGUCGGAGAAGCGCAACAGCCUCUCCUAUGUGAUCAUCAACCCAAGUUGCGACCUGAAGCUCGAAGAAGGCGACAUCGUCUACCUGGUGCGGCCCAGCCCGUUCUCCGCGCAGAAGACCUUCGAACGGCACAACUCCCGGCGCAAGAGCAACAUCAGCUUCUGCUCGGCGCAGCUGGUAUCGCAGAUGAGUGCGGCAGUCGCGGCGGCCGGUCUACAGGCCGGCCCACCGGGCAGUCGUCGUGGCUCCGGUAUAGGACUGGCGAGAGCACCACCGUUGGGCACAACCAAAUCGAACUCGUUAUCGUUGCCCGACAGCCCAACCGUGGCCGGCACUCUCCGCGGUCGGUCCAACUCGCUGAGAGUCGUCGACGACAUCCUGCUGCGGCGCAGCAACUCCCUGAGGCAAGGUCUGACGACGACCAGACGGAAGAGCAGCCUGGAGGACAUCGGUUUGGGUGCGCUCUCGCAUCACACCAACCACAACCCGAUCAAGAUCGCGUUGAACGGCUCGAUCGGCCUGGAGGUGACUCCGCCCGAGGAAGGUUCACAGGUUGGCGGUGCCACCAACACGGGCAUCCUCGACGUCGGCUUACCCUCCAUGCCGGAGCUCAACGCGGCCUUGGGACCCAGCCUCGGCGCAGGCCUCGGUGGUUCCUUGGGUGGAUUGUACGAUCCACCGUCUCUGCAGUGCCCGAUGGGCUCGCCCUGCCAGUCGCCGCAGUUGCAAGGCGCCACGCAGGACCCACAGCACAUACAAGGGACGAUAGUAUGAUAUAACCUUAUGUGGGGACGCAGGCUCUCCGGCGUGGCGCGUAACAAGUGGCUGUAGCGUUCCCACAUGGCGUUCAGGGCUGAGCGCCGAGAACGGCGAUCGUAGCGAAUCAUAGAAAGACCGUAGAGAACACACGGCUACGUGGUAAUGUCUCGCGGGAUUGACAUCCGGGCUGGCUGAGACAGCCGGGAGCAAGGUGUCUCUCGGUGUGUACCGACCGACCGUACAAAUACCGUCGCGAUAGCUCGGCGACUGCAGUAAACGUCGGAGAGGGUCGUCCUAUGUUGUACGAUGCCUCCUCGGGUAAGUUAGGGUGAGACCACUCCGGCGAGAUCACUUUGCUUCGCUCGAUCGAGGCUACCGGCGCGCAGCCAGAAACGCGAUACCUCACCACGAGCCUCAUAAACCAAAUUCAGUCGCGUUUCCGACCGUAAGCCGAUGAUUGCAGUCUGAAAAAAAAGAAAGAAAAAAGAAAGCAACUUCGGCUUUCUCCGUGCGAUUUUCCGUAGCAUUCAAUCGCUCCCACCCCAACUUAUAAAUAUCUUUUCUUUCGUUCGCUUGUUCGCGGCGGCGUGAUGUGCGACAAUUCGUGGACCUAAGCCCAGGGUAAGUAUAUCGAAUCGUAACUGUGAUACGUAUCGGACCCGCUGACUUUGCCCGCGCGGAAGUGCGAGGUGGUCGCGCCCGCCGUGUUCGCGCGCUGGCACUUAGAGUCGUCCGAGUUCUCGAACGCUACCCCGUGAUCAUCGUGUCAUCGCGAAGAGUCGCGUAGACGCGCCAGCCGAAUGUUAACGCGCGAUUCUUAGUUUUGCCGGAGGGGGCGAGUUGUAGACUGCGUCGCGAGCUUUUCGGUUCGGGCGUACCUCACUUUUGUAAUUCGUACCUAACGUAGCGGGCUGCGUUCUUAAAACGUUUUGCUCUCUAGGUCGCCUCUAGCGUAUCGACGUCUGUGAGUGCACACGACCUCACUCGACGCGCGCGGCCCUGUCGAAGGUGCAAGACGCGCAAUUGGGGCACGCGUCGCGCGGCGACCGACGAGCGUCGUAUAUUCCGCGAUUCGAACGUCAAAUACAUACAUACAUACAUACAUACACACGCACACAUGGUCGUAAAGUGAUACAUAAUUUUCUAGGCACUGAAAUUAGCUUCCGGCGCGCGCCGUCUCUAUAUCUGUGUACUCUAGUUAUAGAUACACGACGACAGCGAAGACGAGAGAAAUAUUUUGAUGAUGUAAUGCGAAAUUGCGGGGUUGUAAAUACAUAUUCGCUAUAUUUGAAUAAAGAUAUCGAAGACGUUGAAGCAUCCGCGAAGAGGGAAGGAAGGCGCAAUACCUUAAAGGUUUUCUCUUCUUUCUGCUCUUUCAGUUGGCGCGUUUCAAGAUCGUAGAGUCGCGCUACAACUAUUUCUCGACUGUCUUACAUCUCGCUGUUUUACCGAUGCCAAAGAAACUCGAGCUUUUUUCUAGGAUACUUUGCAAUUUUCCGACUAAAGUCUCACUUUAUGAAGCGAAAUGACAAUUAUGACAAUUCGUCUGUUUUCCCGUUACAUCAUUUCCGCUUGUCAGCUCUCUCAGACGAAGUCGAUUCUCAGACCGAAGUCGAUUCAUUGUUGUACAUGACCGCUCGUCCGUCGCCCGUCUCUCGCAAAGAAAAAAAGGAGAUGUUCUCGAGACGCGAAGAACGAGAACACGAUCGGAGACGUUCCACUAGUCACACCUCGAUUCCUACUUUAGCGUCGCGUUCUAGCGGUGUCGAGCGCGGAUAAUUUUAUAAUUAGGAAGACUUAUAUUAUAUAACGCGGCGAGAGAGAAAGAGAGAUAGAGAUAGAAAGAGAGAGAAGGAGAGAAGGUCUAUUAUACAUAUUACAGAUACGAUAUAUGACCAUUUUAAUCAUAUCACGCGAGAGUGUCGCUCGCGGAAGUCACCGUUAUUAUACCAUACGUAAAAAUAGGAGGAAGAGUAUUUUAGACGAGACUUAAGCGCUUAGGACUUGCGCGCGUAUCGUGACUUUUGAGCGUGACUGAUCGGAUUGUCCACGGUGGAUCAGUGUCGCGUCGCAGGACGAUCGUCGACCACAUGCGCGACUCCUCGUGACGGCGCCGAGAUUGGCACGACGGCAUCUCGAGCGAACGCAAGCGCGAACGAAGCCGCGAAUCAAUUACGAGGUAGACGAGUUAUCCGAUCGCGAAUGAACUAUACGAGAUCUAUUACUACUACUACUACUAUUACUACUACUACCGCUCCACUACUAUUACUACUACCACUCUACGACUAAUACUACUACUACUUCUUCUUCUUCUUCUUCCUCUACUACAUCUUCUUCUUAUGCUCCGUUUACUCUCAUAUUAGUUUCAGUCUCCGCGUUUCCUGAGAUACGGACCCAAGAAUCAGUUAUAGUUAGCGCGUGAGCACGAUUGUUCUCGCUUAAUUUCGACAAUCCGUUGAAUUAGUCGGUCGCGAGCGCGGACUGUCCCCGCUCGCGACUCAAGAUGAUCGGCCGGGCCGACGAAACAAUACAGCCGGAUUAGCGCGAUCGGUCCACGAUAGAAUCUAAUUUCCCAGGCGACGCCGCGAUCACACACGGCGCUCGCGGCCAAAUGCAAUCGUUCGUUGACCAAUUUACACGUUUCUUCGACCAAACGAGUCGUAUUAUCCAGUACCUGCUUCGAUAUUGCUUUCACGAGCAGCCUAGCCCAGCUCGGCUCCCCCGUUGGAUGGACGCGCGACCACGAGCAAAUCUCCCCGCGAAGCAGCUUUGCUGCCUUUUAAGUAGCUUUAACUGUGCUCGCAGUAAUUAGGGAUUAAAGCAGUAAAGCCGCGCACUCGCGCGCCCGGGAAAGCGCUAAUGUACUCGCAACGAGCAGGGCGCGACAAGAAGCUGAAAAGUUGCUUCGCGGAUUACGAGACCGCAGCCGGAUUCUCUAAUGGUAGAUUAAACGAUAAUUCGUCGAGGGAGGCGUAUAGCCGAGAAAGAUGAGAGGAAAGAAAAAGGGAAGGGGAGGAGGAUUCGCCGGUGUAAAAUCAAAAUGUAACAUAAGCGAACGUGUACGUACGUCGUCUCCCUCGCGAGGACACGCUCGCGCGAAUCUCGCUACGCGAUCACCUCUCGCGAUCGGCAGCAGAGGGAUCCGCACACCCGUCGUGGAGUCGUCAUGUUCCGCGCAUCGAGUUUUGUCGCAUUCCCGUCGCUCCACAGGUCCGACCGAAGUGAGACACGCCGGUCUUAUCGCGACACCUGGCACAGCCCGGCGUACCUUCCGAUCCCCCAUCGAACUGUCCACUCGAGUACGAGCGCUCUUUUCUCUUCGUUAGCCUUCCCGUCUUUCUUCUCUCUUUGAUUAACGAAGAUCGAAAGAACCGUGUCAUUCUCACCGGCGACGACAACCCAUAGACUUUUAUACGUAGGUUAGCACGCGAGGAAGUCAGCUUACAGAGGAGGACAACGGUGAGUUUUCAGUGUCGUGAUUCGAACGACAAACGGGUCCCCGAGAGUCGAUUCGGCUCGAUGUAAUCUUCGCGAGCUCGUCCCAAACAGUACUCGCCUUAAAGAAGCUCGGCAGUUUUAUAUAAUUUUACCGAGGUCAGGGUUUUUACUGAGGUCGGAUCAUUGUCGCCGCGAUACUUCCAGCGUCGUCGCCAGCCGAAGUAAAAUCAUCGGAACGAGGAAGGUCGCUCGAAGACGACGCGUCUCUCCCCUCAAACGGCUCCUGCCGCGAAAUCCGGAGUCCCAUCGCGCGUAUCAUAAUCGCGAUGGUCCACGUGGCUCGUCAUCUGGCAGACCCCUUGCCUCUCAAUACACAGAAAGUGGAUUUUCUUCUUCUUUUUUUAUUUCCUCUCGGGGCAAGGAUUCGUUGAAUCCGUUCCUCGCUGCUCGUGGGACAACGUGGCGUGAAGUCGAAAUUUUGUCCGGUAUCGAAAAGAAGGUCACGGGCGAACCGCGAGGUCGCAGGGAUGGUGUUGAGGAUGCAUUCGAGGAUGCGUUCGCGUGCCCUCGCGGCGUUACGAGCGUAAGCGGUUUAUUAAUCCGGGUGUGUAUAUAACUUAUUACGAUUAAUUAUAGGAUCAGCCCAAUAUGAUGUGACCUGACUCUUCAUAGCUGAACUCAAAUCAAUAAUCUUCUAGAGUAUACCACGUAAAACAAUUUAAAUGCGGCGAAGUCACGGCGAUCUCUCGCGAGAUGCCUGCUGCUCUCGAGGAGGAUUGCACGAGUUACGUCUCGAAUGAGGGCGCGGUCGAUUUUGCGGAUCCCCUUGCAUGAGAGCCCCCCGUGCAACGUGCGACAAUCGCGAUCGUGCGGCUCGCGCACGAUGCGAGGAGGCGCGCAACGAGUCAUCAUGUGUGCAACGCGUGUUCGACUCUUCGAAAAGCAGAAAACCGAAUUGGAUUUUUUGAUCCCUUUGAGUCGUCAUAUCUCGCAUCCUCACGCGUCUCGACUUGUGUCAAACUCGUGUGAAGUUCAAGAGCGAGGAUCAACGACGGAAGAGAUGAGGUCGACGCUCACUUCGCGGACGGCGCAACUUUCUGAAAAACGUCCGGAAGAAUAAGACAUCUUUUGGAUCUUAUUAGUGACGUCUUUGAGACGACAUUUAGACAUUAGUAAUAAAGGAAGUCUUUCAGAAGUCUGCGCUGUGCCCGGCUUGGUCACGCUUCGCGACGUCGACUUUACCCGCACUUGGAAAUUCAGUGUCGUUUCAAUGGUGUAAAAAUCACUUCCCGCAUUCGUGACGCACGAUUCAAAGAGUCUUUCCCAUCCAACCUUCACGAGAUCGCUCGUCAAAGUUCUCGUGCCUUUGCCAUGCGAGGGUACGCCAUCCGAGUGUCUGCGAAUUUUUUAAAGAUCUCCGUGUAAAACUGAUUUCUCCCCGCGAAACAGCAUCUUUGUCUCGUCAAAGCCGGCUUUCCUUCUGACAAUUCACAAGUUAAUAUUCCUCGUGACUACGCGCUCAUUCUCUCCCUCGUGUUUAGUGUCUCGCGUCUACCUGAUUUGGAGAUUUACGCUCGUUUGAUAUAUCACGAUUUGCCUCUAAUGUUAAUGUAAGACAAGAACCAUAGACACACACACGCGCAAAUAAUUGCAUUUAGCGUUAGAGAUAUACGGUAAGAUUAUUAUUCUUUCCUCGUACGAUACUCGCAGAAUCAUAACGACGUGCAUUUAAUUUCGAGAUUUCGAUCAAAACCAUUCAGUCAAUAUCUUAUACACAGAUCUCUUUUUCCAGAAAUAUAUUUGACGUGAUUCGCGAAAUCGAAAGGAAAUUAAUAUUACGUAUUUUGCGCGUUUCGGCGGGAUGAUCAAAUUACUCGACAAUUUUUUUUUUUAAUAAUGUUCGCACACGCGUCCUCCUCUAAUUGCAAUAAUUUCUCCAUAUAGUUACACCGACUUGCCAAUUAAAAGUGAUGGUGUUUGGGAGGGCGAAUUCGUUUUCCACUUCGAAGAGAGGCGCACGUGUUUUUUCCUCGCGGCCGCACCGAACAUCACACAAGUUCCUUCGAAAGUUUAAGCAAGAGCUUGGCGCACCUCGAACGAGCUCUCUUCGAAUGGCGCGAGUUUUACUGAGGCGUCCAGCAGGUUCUUACGAUAGGACUUAAGUAAUUAAGCAUUCCUCGACCACAAAUACAACUGUAAACGGCUGUACGUAAUGUAAAAUAAUAAAAGCAGAAAAAACAGAGAGAAAGAAAGAAA